AACGAUCCACUAGCUGAUGUUCAAUGCAGAUUAGAGACCAAGGAUUUGUGGGACAAAUUUUUUGAACUUGGCACUGAAAUGAUAAUCACAAAAUCUGGAAGAAGAAUGUUUCCAACAUUGAGGGUUUCAUUUUCCAAUUUGGUUGCUGACUUGGAGAGAUGCAAGUUCAAUGUUCUCAUGGAUAUCGUGCCGGUCGAUAAUAAAAGAUACAGGUUGUAUGCCUACCAUCGUUCCUCGUGGUUGGUUGCGGGCAAGGCAGACCCUCCCCUCCCCACCCGCCUCUAUAUGCACCCCGACUCACCCUUCACUUACGAACAGUUGACCAAGCAAACUGUCUCCUUCGAGAAGAUCAAACUGACCAACAACAUGUUGGACAAAACUGGACACAUCAUACUGAACAGCAUGCACAAGUACCAGCCACGCAUACGAUUGGUUUUGAGGGAGAACCUGAUGAACGAUGCAUCCACUGAAUGCUCAAAAAUUUUUGUGUUUCCGGAAACGAUAUUCAUUGCUGUCACCGCCUAUCAAAAUCAAUUGAUAACCAAGCUGAAAAUCGACAGCAAUCCAUUCGCCAAAGGAUUUCGUGAUUCAUCGAGACUCAGUGAUCUGGAU